AUUUUUUUGUUCCCCUUUCAAUUUCCUCCAGAAGAACACACCCCCACGAGACACUUCGCGCAUAGCAAACCCUCUUCCCUCCAGAAGCACACCCUUUCGCCAUUCUCACCUUCGCACAUAACCCUCACCUUCGCCAACCCUUUCGCACACAACACACCCUCAAAUAAACUCAGCAAAAAUUUGCCCUCACCCAGUCACCCUCACUCACGCGACAUACACCCUCAUCCUCACUCCACCCACACACGAAAGAGGGAAGAAAUCUGAAAGGGAGAACGGGAAGAAGAAGAAAAGUGAGGGAAGGAAGGAAAGGACGACGCCGGCUAAGGCUCCGCCGCCAUCGUUGUCGAGCGCCAGUGAGAGAGAGAGAGCUCGAGGAAAAGAGAAAACGCGAUGGAGGAGAGAAGAAGGGGGUGCUCCGUCGCCACUGAAGCUCCAUCGCCGUUGCUAGGGCUUGUUGCCAUCGCCGUUCUGCCACCGUCGGGCUGCUGUACUGCCGCCGAGGAGCUCGAAGGGAUGUCUCGCCGCCGUCGUGCUUUGUCGCCAAGCUGUUGCGUUGCCGCUCAUCUCUUCUUCACCGUCACCGCUCAUCACCAACGUCGUAUCCUCUGUCACCAGUUCGAAAGUGGGUAUGGUUUUGAUAGUGAUGAUGAACUGCAACGGCUAAUUAAGAUAGAGAAGCGAGCUUGAUGCAGCUGCCACCAAGCUGCAGAAGGUUUAUAAGAGUUACCAUACCAGAAGAAACUUGGCAGAUUGUGCUGUGGUGGUGGAGGAACUAUGGUGGAAGGCAUUGGAUUUUGCUGCUCUUAAAAGGAGUUCAGUUUCAUUCUUUGAUGUGGAGAAACAAGAAUCUGCUGUGUCAAGGUGGGCAAGGGCAAGAACAAGAGCAGCUAAGGCAGCUAACCUCUAUGAAAGGUUCGAGCAACACAGACACGUGCUUUCAUGGCCCAAGACAUUGGUCAAUAAGUGGUUCAAUAUCAAGUGCAAAACUGAUAACUUUCAAGCAGAUGAUGAUGUCCUUUAUCAAGGCAUACUUUUCAGAAUUCAUUCAGUUCUAUGAUUUUGUUUUCUUCAUGUGUCGCGAGAAUGGUCAAAAGAAUAUUUCUGUAAGCAGGGCAGUAACUGCUUGGAAAUUAGUUCUUGCUGGGAAUGAACAAGGGAAUGACCAAGGGAAUGAACACUGAUAUAAUUGUUAAGGCCAAGAGUUUUCUUGAUGGUGAUGAAGAUCAGCAUGAAAAAGAUGUGUUUGAGAAGAAUUUGAAGGUGCUUCAGAACAUUUUUAGUCAUUAUGCCAAGAUUAGAAGAUUAAUGAUUUUCUGUUUGUUAAAUUCUUUUUGGAUAUAAAGUGCAAACUUUGCAUUUUAAUUGAUAUGUAAUACAAGUUUCAUGUGACUUAAAUUA